GAACAGAAGGCAACACAGUUCACAUCAAAAUGUCUUAGCUUUCCCUGUGUGGGGCUCUCAUUUCGCUUUUCUUGAUGGUUGUAUUCUUGCUUUGGCAGCUGUCCGGAGGGAACAGUGUCCACCUUCCAGAUCCAGUCACACCACCUUCUGCAGCGUAUUUUGAACCUGAAUCCGUUUCUUCCACCCCUAAUUACUUUCAACCCCGAGAAUUUCCCAGCCGUGUUUCUUGUGAAGAAAACCCAAGCUGCCUCGACCAGAUCUUGGAUUCCUACCUUCAGACAGAGACACACCUGGACCCUUUGCUCAAUUCCACGCAGAAUGCUCCACACUACUUCCCGGACAGCUUCCAGGCCGCCCCCUUCGGCUUCAACCAGAGCCUGACCCCAGGGACACCUUCAGAUUCCUCCACUCUCUCUGGCUCCUUAGACUUCAGUUACUCGCCGGCUCAUCUACCUUCCUAUACUCCGGAGAAUUACAAUCCUACCCCUUCUCUGGACAACAGAAACUGUGGCUAUCCCUCAGAAGACUACUCCUACCCUCACUUGCCCUCCCACGCCCAAUACGACUGCUUGUUCCCAGCCCCGACCUCAGGCUGCUACUGUGUGUCCUGCGAGGCAGAACACUUGGCCACCCUCAGAGCAUCCGACUACUUUUCCUCUCCGGGCACGGACUCUGCGAACCUGGAUCCCUCAGCAGCAGCAGGCAGUGAUUUCUACCUCCGGGAAGCAAACUGUGACGUCUGCUACAGCUCAUAGAGUUUCAGUAACCUGGAGCAUGGCGUGCAUACGUCUGUCUUUCUGCCGCGCCAAAUGAGAACCUGACCUAGGCAACCUGUUCACAAAACAUCACAGCUGCAGGUUACAGGUCACCAUUUUGCAUUUUCUGGCGCUGACUUGGGCAUUGAGAUGAAGUCCUCAGACCCGGUCAUGGCACUACUCCUACUCUGUAUGCUUCCAGGGAAAAGUUUUGUAGGGAACAUUUAAUGGUUUUGCUUUUCUGUAUAAUG